UUACCGAUCUGAUUCCCCGGCUUGAAGAGCGUGCGCAGAGAUUUCGUGGAAGCCGUAAAAAAGACCAAAACCAUCUCCCCAGCUACCAACUCGGACGGGAGAGAACGUCUCUUGGCAUCUUGGCAUCCACAAACACAUACAAUCCAUCAACUGCAGUAACAGCAAACAUCAACAGCAGCAACAACGAACAGCAGCAACAUUAACAUCAACAUCAACGUCAACAUCAACAUCAACAUCAACAACAGCAGCAGCAGCAACAGCAGGCAACAACGACUCGCGUGGUUUUAUGGCGUUCUUCAAAUUUGAUUAAAAUUCGACGAUUAAGCAAAACUUUAAACCAAAACCAAUAUCACAUAGUUUACGCAGGCGAUUCACUUUGCUGUCGGAUUUCAAGCCAUGCCACAUACAGGUCAGGCGGGUGUCAACCAGUUGGGCGGAGUCUUUGUCAAUGGGCGUCCUCUGCCGGACUGUGUGAGGCGUCGCAUCGUUGACUUGGCUCUGUGCGGAGUCAGGCCUUGCGAUAUAUCGCGUCAAUUGCUGGUCUCCCAUGGCUGCGUUUCGAAAAUUCUGACGCGAUUUUACGAGACGGGCUCCAUAAGACCGGGAUCGAUUGGUGGCAGCAAGACCAAGCAAGUGGCCACGCCCACGGUGGUGAAGAAGAUCAUACGUCUGAAGGAGGAGAACAGCAGCAUGUUUGCCUGGGAAAUACGCGAGCAGCUGCAGCAGCAACGCGUUUGUGAUCAGAGCUCCGUGCCCUCGAUUAGCUCUAUCAAUCGCAUAUUGCGCAACAGUGGCCUGUGGACCGAUGAGAUGACUUCCAGCCAACAGAACGCUGCAGCAGCGGCAGCAGCAGCGGCGGCGGCAGCGGCAGCAGCUCAUCACAGUGAUUAUGCCACACCGUCGCAACUCUAUGCGGCAGGCGGUGGUGGCAAUGCGGUGGCAGGUGCAAUGCAACGAGCAACGCCCACAUCAGCCACAACGUCGUCCACAUCGUCGUUGGCCGGAUCAGCCUCACGCUACAGCAAACCACCGGCAUCGCCUUCAUCAUCAUCAUCCUCGGCAGCAGCAGCAGCAGCAGCGGGACCGAAGCUCUUACCUAGUCACGGGAAUGCUGGUCACAGUCAUGCGCUGACUGGCGCUGUGUCCAGCCAACUGGGUGGCUUGGAUCUCAGCUACUCGGCACUGCACAAGCACUGGCUGUGGAAUCCCUCCCUCCUCUAUUACACCCAGGCACACAUGCAGGCUGCCCAGGCAGCGGCUGCCACAGGGGGUCAGUUCUUGCCUUAUGCCGGCAACUAUUUGCCACAUGGGGCAGCCAACAUUGCGGCAGUGGCAGCGGCAGCAGCGGGCAAUCAUUCGAUGAGUGGCGGCGGUUUCACCAAAUCGGAGAGUUCCAUUGAUUUGACCAAACCAUGCGCAAUGGGCGAUCCGUUGAGUGAUUGCGAUUCGGGCAAAUCGUCGCCGACAGCGUUGUCAUUGAUCUCGACUAGCGCCAGCAUCAACGACACUUUGAGCAACACCACCAACAAUAACAACAACACUAACAACAACAACAACAACAAUAGUCGCAAGAGGAAUCCGUAUUCCAUUGAGGAGCUGUUGAAGAAGCCCGAUAAGCGGCUGCGUCUGAGCAGCGAGGCGAGUCUUGAGGGAGCCACAGCCAAGCGUGAUAAUCUGGAUAGCAUAAGUUCGAGUUCCAGUUCCAGUUCGUGUGAGAGUCACAGCAACAGCAGCAACAGCAGCUCGAACAGCUCGGAGGAUGCGGCCAAUGCUUUGAGUAGCGACGCAAAGCCGCAGCUGAAUGUUGUGGACAUCGAGGAGGAUUGCAGUGUGGAGGUAGUUAAUUAACUUAAGUCACUCUUUGUCUCUCUCUCUCCCCUUCCUUAGCUUUGUCCCCAUAUAAUCGUGAUAACUAUUCGUAAACAAAAAAAAAAGAAUAAUGCUAGUUAGAAAUAUGUAAACUCUUUACUUGCAUCAUUUGAGAAGCUAUUACUUUACUUACAAAAUGUAUUUCAUUGUCAAGCAGCUACAUAAGUAAUUAUAAGUUUACUAUAAACAUUUAUUCAACAAAGUAGUCGCAAUUGUAUGCAAGCAUGUAAAUAAUAUAAGUAAAUGCUGUUUUAAUUAUAUCGUAUCGUACUUGAAUAUUUUAAAUAAAGUGCGCAUAAGU